AUGCCUCAUCCCAAGCAGCACCCCAUCCCCCCCGCGACACUCCUCUCCUCGGCCUCUCACCCCGCUCCCGGGCAACUGCUUAUUACUGAGCUGACAUUCCGCGUACCCCUUGACUACGCUCAGCCAGACGGCCAGCAUGUCACCCUUUUCGCCCGGCGUGCGCAGAAAUAUACUCGUCCUCUCACCAAGGGCGACGGCGAUGAAAGCGAUGAGGAGAACUCCAAGCCUUACAUUGUCUACCUCGAAGGCGGACCUGGGUUCGGCAACCGAGCCCCUCAAGAUCAUCCGCUUACCCGCCCAGCCCUCACCCGGAGCUACCAAGUCCUCAUGUUGGACCACCGCGGGACGGGCAUGAGCACACCGGUUGGUGCGGAAAUGCUGGCGCACAAGUCCACUGAUGAGCAAGUCGAGUAUCUCAAGCUCAUGCGGCAAGAUAAUACAGUUCGUGAUUGCGAGGCUGUGAGGAAAUGCCUACUAGAGGGCCACAAGGGCGACGAGGCUAAAUGGUCGAUAUUCGGGCAGAGCUACGGAGGCUUUGUGGCGAUGAGCUACCUGUCCAUGCACCCCGAAGGCCUGAAGGAAGUCUAUCUCACAGGGGGAUUGGCGCCUGUCAAGAGGAACGCUGACGAGGUAUACACAGCUGUGCUGCCCAGGGUGGCAAAGCGCAGCGAGGAAUACUAUGCAAAAUUCCCCGAGGACGUCAAGAAUGUUUGGGACAUUGCGAACUACAUUAUCGAGAAGAAGGGCGGCAAGGUUGCCCUGCCCUCUGGCGGGGUACUGACCGUUGCUCGACUGUUAACCAUUGGCAUCGCCUUCGGUGGCCACGGUGGCUUUGACGGCGUCCACAGCACAAUCUUGCAGCUCAAGAACUCACUCGACACAUUCGGGUUUCUGGCGCGCGCGUCUCUGGCGCCGCUCGAAUCGUACACGCCAUUCGACACAAACAUCAUCUACGCCAUCCUCCACGAGGCCAUUUACUGCAACGGUCCUGGAUAUGCGUCAAACUGGGCCUCUCAACGCAUCGGCGAGCAACACCCCUCGUAUCCGUGGCUCAAAGAGACCAAGCUAUCGCCAAGCGACGGGCCGCUCUACUUCUCGGGGGAGAACAUCUUCCCCUUUGAUUUUGAGACCUACCCUGAGCUGAGCGAGUUGCGUGCGGCUGCGCACAAGCUGGCCAAGUUCGACCAGUGGGAGUAUCUGUACGACCUGGAGCAGUUGAGCAGGAACGAGGUGCCCGUGUAUGCGGCGUCCUACGUGGACGACAUGUAUGUCGACAGCGACUUUGCGCGCGAGACGGCGCGGUUGGUCAAGGGGACAAAGGUGUUUGAGACCAACGUCAUGUACCACAAUGCGCUGCGGGCCAAGGCGGACGAGGUGCUGCAGCAGUUGUUCAACUUGCGGGAUGAUGUGAUGGACUAG